AUGAACAAUCCUCAUGACUAUCUUAUCCCGAGCGCCACGAGCGCACCUCCCCCGCGGCCGGUCGAUCCUAACAGUGCCGAUAGUUGGGUUAUGCUCAACCAGGGCGGAUUCGUGAAGCUUCAGAAUGAAUCAAUCCUGUACAAGCUCGAUGGGCGCAUAUCAUGCGAACUGUCUGUACCCCCGGAGCUGAGGGCUCGCUGCGUCCCGUUCCAGCGCAAGAGUGACAAGGGAGCGCUUUUCCUGACCAGCAAGCGGAUCAUCUACCUCCCGGCAAAGCCAACCCAGGAGCCAAAGUUCGAAUCCUUCAGCGCUCCCAUCCUAAAGUUCCAGGACUCAACCACCUCCUCGUCCAUGUGGUGGGGGUGGGUUUGGAAAUCAGACUGCAUUCCCGUGUCAGGCGGUGGAAUCCCGCCCGAGCUGCCUCGCGUUGAGGUCAAGUUCACCUUCUCGGAUGGCGGCAUGAUAGAGUUCAACGAGGCUUACAUUGGCCUGCGAGAGCGUCUCUUCCAGUGGCAGGAAAUGCGCAGGGAUAUGGGCGCCAGCGUUCCAGACGAAGAUCUGCCUGCCUACGAGGCCGAGGGUGGCCAUCAGGGGCCGACGUCGUCGGACCAGCUGGCCGUCCCACCACCCAACCGCUCAGACAGCUCCGCGAGCCGCCGUGCCCCCAACGAGCCGCCGCCAAACUACGACGAGGCGCAAGCCCAGCAACUCAGCAACCGACUGGAAGACCACAUUCGUGGUGAGGUCGACCGCGGCGCCGAAGAAGAGUAG